AUGGGUAAGGAGAAGACUCAUAUCAACGUCGUCGUUAUCGGCCACGUCGACUCCGGCAAGUCGACCACCACCGGACACUUGAUCUACAAGUGCGGUGGAAUCGACAAGCGUACCAUCGAGAAGUUCGAGAAGGAAGCCGCCGAGCUUGGCAAGGGCUCCUUCAAGUAUGCCUGGGUGCUCGACAAGCUCAAGGCCGAGCGUGAGCGUGGUAUCACCAUUGAUAUCGCACUCUGGAAGUUCGAGACCCCCAAGUACUACGUAACAGUUAUCGACGCCCCUGGUCACCGUGAUUUCAUCAAGAACAUGAUCACUGGUACUUCCCAGGCCGAUUGCGCCAUUCUCAUCAUUGCCGCCGGUACUGGUGAGUUCGAGGCUGGUAUCUCCAAGGAUGGCCAGACUCGUGAGCACGCUCUCCUCGCCUACACCCUCGGUGUGAAGCAGCUCAUCGUCGCCAUCAACAAGAUGGACACCACCAAGUGGUCCGAGGCUCGCUUUGGUGAGAUCAUCAAGGAGACUGCCAACUUCAUCAAGAAGGUCGGCUACAACCCCAAGACCGUCCCCUUCGUGCCAAUCUCCGGAUUCAACGGCGACAACAUGAUCGACGUUUCCUCCAACUGCCCCUGGUACAAGGGAUGGGAGAAGGAGACCAAGACCAAGACCACCGGCAAGACCCUACUCGAGGCCAUCGAUGCCAUCGACCAGCCCGCUCGUCCUUCCGACAAGCCUCUCCGCCUUCCCCUCCAGGAUGUGUACAAGAUUGGUGGUAUCGGAACAGUUCCCGUCGGCCGUGUCGAGACCGGUAUCAUCAAGGCCGGCAUGGUCGUCACCUUCGCCCCCGCUGGUGUCACCACUGAAGUCAAGUCCGUCGAGAUGCACCACGAGCAGCUCGUCGAGGGUGCUCCAGGUGACAACGUCGGAUUCAACGUCAAGAACGUCUCCGUCAAGGAGAUUCGUCGUGGCAACGUCGCCGGUGACUCCAAGAACGACCCGCCAAAGGGUUGUGACUCCUUCAACGCCCAGGUCAUCGUCCUCAACCACCCCGGUCAGGUCGGUGCUGGAUACGCCCCAGUUCUGGACUGCCACACCGCCCACAUCGCCUGCAAGUUCUCUGAGCUCCUCGAGAAGAUCGAUCGCCGUACCGGCAAGUCCAUCGAGGACCAGCCCAAGUUCAUCAAGUCUGGUGACGCCGCCAUCGUCAAGAUGAUUCCGUCCAAGCCUAUGUGUGUUGAGGCCUUCACUGAGUACCCACCUCUCGGCCGCUUCGCCGUGCGCGACAUGCGUCAAACCGUCGCCGUCGGUGUGAUCAAGUCCGUCGCCAAAUCCGCAAACACCGGUGGCAAGGUGACCAAGGCAGCAGUCAAAGCUGGCGCCAAGAAAUAG